AGAAGGAAAAAUAAGAAAAGAAAACUCUAAAACCUCCAUAAUUAUCUCUAUGAAUUAUUAAUCUUAACAAAAGCCAUGAGCAACCUUCUUAAGAUCCUCUCCUCCCCCUCUCUAUUCCUUCUUCUUCUUCUUCUAAUAAUAGCCACUCCAACUAUACUCCUCUACUCUUCUAAUGAUGGUGCAUGGAUCAGGAACAUCCCCUUCCACACUGUUGGAUUGGGAGGUGACCUCCUCCUCCUUUUCCGAUGGCGGGCUCCGCGGCCGAUGCUCGGUCGACCCGUCGAGCGCGUCGAAGACAUCGUCCCCGUCUUCGUCGGGAUGGCGCAGCUGCCGUCGUCGUCGGGCGCGGCGCCGCCCCUCGAGUGGAAGGGCGCUUGCUUCUACAAGAAUAAGGCUUGGGUGGAGCUUCAUAACAAGACCGGCUCUCCCUUUGGUGGCGCCACCCUCCAUAUAAAGACAAGCAAUGCUCAUAGUUGGACAUGCAUGGAUCUUUAUGUCUUUGCAACUCCGUACCGCGUGACAUGGGAUUACUACUUUCUGUCGCGAGAACAUACCCUUGAUUUCAAAGAGUGGGAGGGGGAAGCUGAGUAUGAAUAUGUAAAACAUAAUGGAGUAUCGAUCUUCCUCAUGCCAUCUGGGAUGAUCGGCACCCUACGUGCUCUGGUGGACAUUUUCCCUUUGUUUACAAAUACUCAAUGGGGUGAAAAUAAGAAUCUUGCUUUCCUUAAAAAACAUAUGGGGGCGACAUUUGAGGAAAGACCGCAACCAUGGGUUUCAGAGAUAAAUGCCGACGAUCUUCACUCUGGGGACUUUUUAGCUCUAUCGAAAAUUCGUGGGCGGUGGGGUGGUUUUGAAACCCUAGAGAAGUGGGUCACUGGAGCUUAUGCUGGGCACACUGCUGUUUGCCUUAGGGAUGCUGAAGGAAAGCUUUGGGUCGCAGAGUCUGGCCAUGAGAAUGAGAAGGGAGAAGAUGUUAUUGCAAUUCUGCCUUGGGAGGAGUGGUGGGACUUUGAGGUGAACAAAGAUGACUCAAACCCUCAUAUCGCGUUGCUUCCUCUGCAUCCUGAUAUGCGGGCCAAAUUCAACGAAACUGCCGCUUGGGAGUAUGCAAAUAGCAUGUCAGGGUUGCCUUACGGCUAUCAUAAUAUGAUCUUUAGUUGGAUUGAUACCAUAAGUGGGAACUACCCACCACCCUUAGAUGCACAUGUGGUUGCCUCUUUUAUGACCAUGUGGACUAAGCUCCAGCCAGCUUAUGCUGGUAAUAUGUGGAAUGAAGCCCUGAACAAACGACUUGGAACUGAGGGUCUUGAUCUAGCUGAAAUCAUGGUUGAAUCAGAAAAGCAAGGGAUAUCAUUUGAGAAGUUGCUGACUAUCCCUGAACAGGAUGAUUGGGUUUACAUCGAUGGAAAAUCGACAUCUUGUGUCGUGUUCAUUCUUGGAAUGUACAAGGAGGCUGGACUUUUUGAACCAUAUUCCAGUUCCAUACAAGUCAGUGAAUUCACUAUAAAAGAUGCAUACUCUCUCAACUUUUUCGAAGACAACACAACCCGCUUGCCUGAAUGGUGCAACAAAGACGAUACUGUGAAGCUCCCCUUUUGUCAAAUUAAGGGAAGGUAUCGGAUGGAAUUUCCAGACUACAAUAUAAUGCAGCCAUACCCUCACAUGAAUGAAAAGUGCCCCUCCCUACCGCCAAAUUAUGUGAGAUCUAACUAUUGCUGAAACUGCUACUCUUCGGAAACCUAUCUACUACUUUCUUAGUAAAAUUGCAGGGACCUCCCUACAAAUAUUGUGAAUCUCAUUUUGCCUCCUGAAAUAUCAAUAUCAACUCAUAUUACCUCCUUAUAUUACAAUAUGUCAUUUCAGCGU